AUGGAUGACCUUCAGAUGUGGAAACACCUCUCCUUCUUCUAUCGUUUGUACAGGAUCGAGGGCGGAUUCUCCCAGGUUCUGCUCCCGAAGGCGCUAAUUAGAUUCGAGAUCGUAGAGAUCACAGACGAUAUUUACAAGGGACCACUAGUGUCCGGCUUCGACGUCCCCCAGCGAAUCUUGAGAUUGGUAGAGAAUGAGACUCCGACCAGUGUACCGGCUGGUCAUGAUCCUCGUAGGGACAUACGAGAGCUGCGACGCGCUUCUGUUUACCGGGAUCUAGUACAAGCAGACUCGCUCAAGGGAUUGAGGUUCGUGGUUGGAUGGGAUACCACCCUGAUUUCGGUAGUCGUUCUGCUGCCGACUAUCGUCAGCAUUGCCACAGUCGUGGCUUGGCCCAUUGUUGCGGUUCUGAAGUAUGAGGCAGAUGUGCAGACAAGCGUUCAGACUGGGGCGACUGUGGGCAGCUACAUCGUCACGGCUGGAGCUCUUUUGAUAGGUUUGGUUACAUUGUUUGACGCUCUUGCUAAGUGA